GUGUGUGGUGAGAUACUAGUCAAUACUCUGAUCGUCUUUGUCAAUACUACCUGUAGUUUUGUUUGAUUUAAAUAAUUUUUUCUUAGGUACAUUUCUAAUAAAUAGAAGCGCUAAUUGAAUUGUUUGACAAAUACAUGCUAUUUUUACGUUGAGAGUAAAUUUUGAUCCGAGAGUUCUUUUCUUGGAAGAGGAAAAAUUAAUUUUCUGUCUAUUUUGUCUUUUACUCUAGUUAACUACAGAAUGUAUAUCGAGGCAGUCAUUACGGAACUUCAAAAAGUAUUCUAAAGGUUUAUUGACAAGAGAGUAUGUAAGUAGAUUAGCAAAUUUAUUUUUUUCUCUUUUGCUUUAUUUUCCUGCAAGAUAUGUUUUUGUCAGACAGCUUUUUAAUUUUUGAUAAAUAUCCACAAAUAUUUAAUGUGGUAAACCACAGGGAAGGAAAUGGCGCCUCUUGAAAACAGGGCAUCUCUACGCCUGAGUGAAUAACAAGAAUUUACUUUCGAAAAUGGAUUGUUGCCAGUUGGUGAAAUGUUUGCAGAAGUGAGGGGAGGUAAAAGGUCGUUAAUUGAUGAAAAUUAAGGAAAAAUUCUGUUGCUAUUAAUAAUAAGGGGCUCGGUCUUGUAAUUUUCGGUUUAUUGGUAAUUAGAAGAGGCUUGUACUUAGGCCGGACAGCUGAGAAAGGGACGUUUGUGCUUUUGAUCAAGCAUCGGAUCUCAACAAAGUUCAGAAAAAAAUUGUUUGCUCUAGAGAAAAACAAGAGAAGCACGUUUAAUGGAAGCUGUAAAAGUUGGUGUUUGUAUCCGAUCUUUGACAAAAGACGAGAAAUCAAAGAACUUGAAAAAUGCGACUAGAGUGGACGGAAAUCAACUAAAGAUUCGCUUUGGCGAUGGAAGAGAGAAAACUUUCACUUGGGACUACGGGCCAUUUGUCCUUGCUGAUGAUAAAAGUCAAAAUGAUGGAAGCUCUGCUCAGCAGGUGCAUGAUUCAGUGUCACAGUUUAUCAUAAAAAAUGCCUUCCAAGGUUACAAUACCUCUGUGUUCACUUAUGGUGCUAAAGACACAGGAAAAUCAUGGAUAUUGUUUGGAGACAGUCGGAAACACGGCCUAAUUCACAAAGUUAUGGAAUCUGUUUAUGAUAAGGCAUCAGCUUAUGAUGAAUCAACAACAUUUAGAACAGAGCUAAGUUUUCUUGAAGUAUGUGGAAAUGAUAUUACUGAUUUGAUAUCAGAAAGAAGCUCAGUGAAAUCCUCAGAAGGAUCUCAGAAGUUAAAAGUACGGGAGCAUCCAGAUAUGGGAGUUUACAUUGAAAAGCUCAGUAAGCAUAUUGUAACUGAUGCAAAUGAAGCCAAAUCUCUUAUGGAGAAAGCGAUAAAGCGAAGGCGCAGACUGGCAGCUCUAGAUCCUUCAUCACGUGGCAAUUCUCAUGCUAUUUUCAGAAUUGUUUUGACACAGGCACGAAUAGAAGAUGAACUUCCUCUGGAGCUUAUCAGUAAGAUAACAAUUAUCGAUCUUUCAAGCAGGGAUAAGAACUUGACCAAUGGACAUCCGAUGAAUGGCCACGUCAGUGAUGUCAUUGAGGAAGAGGAAGUUAAAGGUGGCCUAGAAGUUUUAAAUGACGUCAUAACAUCACUUGCAUCGCAGAAUUACGCCAAUUUUAACUCAUCGAUGAGCAAAUGGGGAAACCCAGUGGUUCCCUAUCGCGAUUCUGUUCUUACAUGGAUGAUGAAAGAAACUUUGGGUGGAAAUAGCGAGAGUCUCAUGUUAUGCUGCAUUUCUGCGUGUGAAAAGACAGUCCAAGAAACCGUGAAUUGCCUAAAGUAUGGUAGCAUGGUGAGGAAUAUAAUCAACAAACCAGUCAUAAACGAAGACUCAAAUGUGAAACUUAUCAGAGAGCUGAAAGCAGAGAUCGACGCAUUGAAAGAACAAGCAAAAUCAAAGGUCUCAAAUGGACCAAUGACCGAAGCGCAAAAGAAACUACAAAGAGACACUGAACUGAUGCAGAGGCUGACGGGAAUAUGGGAAGAAAAAUGGAGCAAGGCACAGAAGCUGAUGGAGGAAAAGUCACUGGAUGUGACAGAUCUGGGGUCUGCUGUAAAACUUGAAACAAAACAACCACAUUUCGUAAGCCUUGGAGGUGGAAGACUCAGUGUUGGUGUUAGUAUCAUCCCGAUUAAAAAAGGUAACACAGUCGUGGGUCUCUCAGAUGAGGUUUGCAAGCCAGAUUUGGAAGUGCAAGGCAAUGGUGUCGUGAGCAAUCAUUGUAUGGUCGAGUAUGAUGGAGAUGUCGUUGUAUUGCACCCCGGCAAUGGUCAUGUUUCAGUGGAUGGAAUACCAAUUACAGAAGCAACAAGACUGCCACAAGGUUCAAUGAUUUGUCUUGGCAAGAACAACUAUUUUCGCUUCAAUCACCCCAAGGAAGCAGCAAGAAUUAAGCAAGAGAACCCAAAUAUUCGAUUUUCCAUUGUACCUGAUAACAUUUAUCCAGAUGUACAGCUAGCAAUAGAGCAACGUCGAAAGGAGAUGCAAGAGAAGGAAAAAUUGAAAGCAGAGAACAAGCGGCUGCUAGCUCUGGAACAGCAAUAUGUCCAGUCGCUGGAAAGGUUGAGUUUUGAGAAGGAACACGUUGAGCAAGAAAGGCGGAAACUUCAGGCAUUACAGCAACAACAGCAGAGCUAUGCUAACCAGUUUGACCGAGAAAUCUCAAUCCAGAUUGAAGAACUGGAGCUCAAGCGCAGAGAGUUGCGAAAGUAUGAGCAUGAAAAGGAAAAACUGCUGAAGAAAGAGAAGGAGAUUGAACUGGCGGGGCAAAGACUUGUAGAGAAUCGAACAAAGCAAGAAAAAAUCAAGGCUGAGUUUGAUUCUUUGGAAUGCAAGCAAGAAAAAAUAGAGUUGGAUGAAUUCGAGAAGCUAGAGGAAGCUUUGAUGAAAAGUGUGGCAAAGGAAGAUAAGGAAUCAGUAAAUGGUAUGCACGACGAGGAUGAUGCGAAUAGCACUGCAGAGCGUAACGUCAAGGAAAAUGCUGUUGGAGACCUUGAUAGCAUUGAGGAAGAUUUAAGGUUGCAGGAAAUGUAUCGACAACAGAGGGUAGAAAUUGAUCGAGAGAAGCGACAACUAGAAGAAAUGGAGAAGCUUCACAAGAAAUUAGAAUCACAGCUUGCUGGUCAGAUUGAAAAGCUUCAAGGUGAAAGGGAGAGUGAAUUGGAGAAAAUUAACAAGGAGAAGACACGGCUUAAAAAGAUCGAGGAGAAGCAAGAAAGCAUGCUGAGGCAGAUUGAGAACGAGAAAAACCGUAUAGAGGUUGAGAGGCUGGCCGAGACACAAAAAAUGCAGGAGAAGGUGAUCAAUGAAUUGAAGGUUGAAGAGGAAAGAGUGAAUGUCUUGAAAAGAGCUGCUGAGGAACAGCAAAAAGAAAGGGAGUUGAUAAAUGCCGAGAAAGAGCGGUUAUUGCAGUUGGAGCAGGAACAUAUUCAGGCUCUGCAAGAAUUGCAGCUCAAUAAGUUGUCACAACAAGAGAAGCUUGAACGGGAGAGACAGCUCGAACUUGAGUAUAUUGAGACAGAACAGCUGAUGCUGGAAGAACUGGAACAGAAACAGUUCGAAUCUGCGAGGCAGAUGGAAUAUGGCGCACAACUUCUUAGAGAGCAGUUGCAGAAAGAGAGUAACGAGGAAAGGAGAAGGCUAGAGGAGAACAGAAAGCUUGUUGAUCUGGUUUCAAAGAGACACGAAGAUGCCCUGAAAGAGGCUGAACAGGAACGAAAAAUGCUGCAAGAAAUGAGAGAAAAGGAACAGGACCUGUUAAGAACUGAACGGGAAAGGCUAAAUAAAAAGGAAUCAGAGUACAAGGAUUAUAUACAAACAUUAGAAGAUGAGAAAAAAGUCUUGAAAGAAGAACUGGAAAAACAAAGGAAAGCUGAGGUCGAUAAGGAAGAUUUUAAACGAUCGUCAUCACUUCCAAUGUCAUUUAAGUCCUUUCAAGAAGUUGAUCCUGCUAUGCUUCGAAGAUGCAAAACUCCCGAGGAUAAGAUGAAAGAGAUCGAAGAAAACAAACAGCGUUUGGAUGAUCUGAGGAAACAGGUUGCAGAGAAGGCUGAACUAGAGUGGAAAGAGAAGAAAGAACGCAUUGAAAGGCAACAGAAAGAAGAGCGGGACUUGGAAGAAAAACGAAUACGUCUGGAAGAAAUGCGCAAAGAACAAGAGCGGCAAGCUGAACAUGAUCGGUCGCUUAUGCAGGAAGAAGCAGAUAAGAUUCGAAAGCAUGAAGAAGCCCUACUGCAAAAAGAAAAAGAGCUGGAGGAUCUCAAACGGGAAAGGGACAGACGCCUUGAGCUUGAACUAGAAUUAGAAAAUGAGAGGGUCAACGAAAACAAACUAGAGCAGUCGUUAGAAGAGGAAAAGAGAAAGCUAGAAACCUUGGAAAAGACACUAAGCGAAGAAAGAAAUAGAAGGCAGGAAAUUGAAAAACGAUUAGAACAGAAGGAGAAAAAUGACGAAGUCAGGAGUAAAAUUGAGGAUCGAAAACAGACUUUGGAAGCUCGCACAUCAGUCUCUUCAUCCAAUAUCAAACAUCGUAUACCCUCCUACACUCCGUCAAUUCGAUCGUUUCCUGGAUCAAUGUUAUCCGAUGAUAUCAAUCUUCUGCAUCACAUAGUUGCAUCAGGACACAUACUAGAGAACUGCCCGUCCGUCAAAAUCAACAAGUACUCUUGUAGAGGAUAUCUCUCAAAAAUGGGGCGGUCUCGUUUUCACUCUUCUUGGACUAAACGGUGGUUCGUAUUUGAUCGAAAACUACGAGCUCUGUGCUAUUACCAGGAUGAAAGAAAAACUAAACCAAAAGGUGUCAUAUACUUCCAGGCGAUUCAGGAAGUAUAUGUUGACAAUAGCGCAAAGAAAAGUCCGAAUCCGAAAACAACGUUCUGCGUGAAAACCCCACAAAGGAACUUCUUGUUAUCCGCCUCGAGCCCAAUUGCAAUGAGUAUAUGGAUUGACGUCAUAUGUACUGGGAAGGAGGGGGCUUUGUGCUAGAGUGUUUUAUCUGGAGCUCACCAUAUACGAAUUCAAGGUAAGAAUGUUAGUGAAGCAUCACGUCGCAUAUAACGGACACCAUGUCUGCUGUGCUACUUCGCUCCUUCCACAUCACGAAUUGCCUAUGCAUUUUCAAGAUUAUUCCCGAAAAAAGAAAGUGGUCCAGGUUACGAAAGCCAAGUUAUUGCAGUGCUUGAAGAUUGCAGAACAAUGCUUAAGGACAGUUGUGAAGUCGAUCUUCUAUCACGUGCCUGUGAAGUUCUUCUCAGUAGUUCUUCUUCAGAGUUUUUGAAAAGGAAAUGAAUAAGGUUUGAGCCCUGAGCGUGAGCUUGUUUAUGGCCCAUUGCGAGUUGCUUUGGUUGUACGAAUCAGUUGUUUUCAAGUAUGAUCGCAAAAUCUGAUGUCAGUGAUAUAUGCAAGUUAUCCGUAAUCUGAAGAUGCAAACUUACAUAGCGCUGCUUAUUGUCAACGAUUUGAAAUGCUGACUUGGUCCUAGCUAAUCAGUAAGUACAGAUCAUCAGCCUUUGUGUAUGAUUGAAGACAAUGCAAUUACACAGACUUAACACCUUUUCCACCCGUUUGAGAACGUUGAUCAACUCGCUGAAAGGAACCUUUUGGUAAAAAAUACAAUCAAAGAAGCCACAAAAUAAACAAGCUUCUUUCUGGAAAAAAACUUUGGCCAUUACCUAUUAGAGCUCCUAAGUUUGGCGCAGUGGCAAAUUUUUUUCAUCAAGCUAUUGCUCCAUUUCUCAAAUUUUCCAUGCCUGACUUACCCUUUUACGACAUCUCAUUGCGUUUUGGUUUUGCAAUUUAAAGUUUCAAUGAUAUGAUAUCGCCGAGUGUACACGUAUGUUGUUAGUAUCAAUCUUAUAAAUACCUCUUUUUUGCGGACUGACCCCGUCGAUGGCACCUUUAAGCUGCUGUCAUUUACAAGGCUGUCGUCUGUGAAUACGGCAGCAUUCGUUUAGAAUCCUUGAAAUUCGAUGCACAAGGCCGAUACAUAUAUAUUAGCAAAGAAUAAAUGUUACAAUGUAUAGCGUAUAGCCACAGCUUCGCAUAAAUUUGCAACUUUGCAAUUUUACAUAGUAUUUGUAUUGUAUUUUGUCUGGCAUCGGUUGAGAGAAAUUGAGGUAUUAAUAUUUCUUGAGAAGGUUAGUCAGCCCGCGCUGGAUUCUUUGCGCAAGUAGAAAACCAGUAAAAUUGAUUUUAUAAGAGUCUUACCAACCAAAAUUCAGUCGGUUCAUGUCGUCGUUGUUCGGCGCGGUUCAUGUCGUCGUUGUUCGGCGCGGUUCAUGUCGUCGUUGUUCGGCGCGGUUCAUGUCGUCGUUGUUCGGCGCGGUUCAUGUCGUCGUUGUUUGGCGCGGUUCAUGUCGUCGUUGUUCGGCGCGGCUCAUUGCGGCACGACCCUCUACGAUUUUUCUUCAACCUGUGAGCAGAUGACAAAGAAAACGAUAGAUUAUAACUAUUUCAGGCAUGUGUUAAAAAUUCACAAGGGGAAUUUGCCCAGAAAAAAGAGAUUUAAAACAUUUACCUAACAUUAUUAGCGUUUAAACUAUUUUUAUAUAAUUUAAACUGGCGUAUAUGUAUGUCACUAGCAUGUCUUCUGUUUGAAAAUAGAAAUACCUUAAAUUUUUAUUACCGUUAUCCUCUUUCUUUUUUAUGUCUUUCUUCCAGUGCAAGGUCUUUCUCAGUUUUAAAUGAAAAAGUUAGGUUUUUGAACGUUCAAUAGGAAAUUCAGUUACGUAAAGCGCCAGUCACGUACCUAUAUUAAUUAAUUUUGACAUUAUGCGAAAAUAUUAUAGUGUAUGGUAGCAUGUGGUAAUUUAGCGUUGAGAUUUUAUAAAUGAGCGUAUUUAAAUUAAAUAUACAUAGCCAGUGAAUGCGACUUUUGUCACUUAUUUCUCCCCUGAAUGAGUUAGAUAGUAAAAACAUUCUCAGAAAUACGAAGUCUUAAAAUGUUCAUUUAUUCCUUUAUUUUAAAAGUAACGAAUUUCAGCUUUCUCCUUUGCUUUCAAUAAGAACUUUCGCAUUUUGUUUUAGUAAAAUUUGCCUUUGAGGUGGAACCCUUCCAUUGAAGACUUUAAUACCUUUUUCGUCAAAAUCCUUUUACCAAGAAACUGCAUUUUUAGAGCAGAAACGCACUUCAAAUAGGAUCAAAAGCCGAUUUAAUAGUAUUUAUGGUUUGUUCAGAGAAGAUUGAGGCAUGUUUUAGAUGAAAAAUUUCUUGGUCGAAAAUCUGAUAUUUUGGUAAGGCUCUAGUCUUGCCUUUUUCAUGAAAAUCCUUAUACCAAGAAACUGCAUUUUUAGAGCAGAAAAACACUUUGAAUAGGAUCUAGAGCUGAUUUAAAGGUAUUUAUGGUUUGUUUAGGGUAGAUUGAGUCAUGUUUUAGAUGAAAAAUUUCUUGGUCGAAAAUCGGACAUUUUGGUAAGGCUUGCCUUUUUCAUGAAAAUCCUUAUAUCAAGAAACUGCAUUUUAGAGCAGAAAAACACUUUGAAUAGGAUCAAGAGCUGAUUUAAAGGUAUUUAUGGUUUGUUUAGGGUAGAUUGAGUCAUCUUAACACCUUUUCCACCCGUUUGAGAACGUUGAUCAACUCGCUGAAAGGAACCUUUUGGUAAAAAAUACAAUCAAAGAAGCCACAAAAUAAACAAGCUUCUUUCUGGAAAAAAACUUUGGCCAUUACCUAUUAGAGCUCCUAAGUUUGGCGCAGUGGCAAAUUUUUUUCAUCAAGCUAUUGCUCCAUUUCUCAAAUUUUCCAUGCCUGACUUACCCUUUUACGACAUCUCAUUGCGUUUUGGUUUUGCAAUUUAAAGUUUCAAUGAUAUGAUAUCGCCGAGUGCACACGUAUGUUGUUAGUAUCAAUCUUAUACACACCUCUUUUUUGCGGACUGAUCCCGUCGAUGGCACCUUUAGGCUGCUGCCAUUUACAAGGCUGUCGUCUGUGAAUACGGCAGCAUUCGUUUAGAAUCCUUGAAAUUCGAUGCACAAGGCCGAUACAUAUAUAUUAGCAAAGAAUAAAUGUUACAAUGUAUAGCGUAUAGCCACAGCUUCGCAUAAAUUUGCAACUUUGCAAUUUUACAUAGUAUUUGUAUUGUAUUUUGUCUGGUAUCGGUUGAAAGAAAUUGAGGUAUUAAUAUUUGUUGAGAACGUUAGUCAGCCCGCGCUGGAUUCUUUGCGCAAGUAGAAAACCAGUAAAAUCGAUUUUAUAAGAGUCGUACCAACCAAAAUUCAGUCGGUUCAUGUCGUCGUUGUUCGGCGCGGUUCAUGUCGUCGUUGUUCGGCGCGGUUCAUGUCGUCGUUGUUCGGCGCGGUUCAUUGCGGCACGACCCUCUACGAUUUUUCUUCAACCUGUGAGCAGAGAACAAAGAAAACGACCGAUAAAAACUAUUUCAGGCAUUGCGUUAAAAAUUCACAAAGGGAAUUUGCCCAGAAAAAAGAGAUUUAAAACAUUUACCUAACAUUAUUAGCGUUUAAACUAUUUUUAUAUAAUUUAAACUAGCGUAUAUGUAUGUCACUAACAUGUCUUCUGUUUGAAAAUAGAAAUACCUUAAAUUUUUAUUACCGU